AUGAUGGAAACUGCAGAAGAAGCUCACAUUGUGACAAAUUAUUUAAAUCAAUCAAGAAGUCGCGAAGCAGCCAGAAAUCUUCUCUUACAUCGUCAAUACAAUCAAUUACCACCGGAGAAAAAAAAAGAUAAAAUCGAACAGAGUUUUUCUAAAAUUAAAAAGAAAGAUUUUCAAAAAAGGAAAAAACCUUCUUCCUUUCAAUUUAAUAAAAAUUCAAUUGAAAAUUUUAACAUUCAAAAUACCGAUGAGAAAAAAAAAAAUGGAAAACAUAAUUCAAAUUCAAGUGAUGGACGUAAAAAUGAUUUGAAUGCGGAUUCCGAACUCGUCCAUAGCCUAAAAAUAAAAAAUGAUUUGCAUUUGAAAGAAAAUAAAAAUUUUUUACCUAAUCCAGGAAUAGGUAUAAAAGUUUUAUUUUUUGACGAAAAAAAUUUUCAUUUUCAAUUUUUGUCCUCUUCUUUGAUUUUUCAAAAAGAACCAACGAAAAAAAAUCACAAAAAAGUCACGUCCAAUAAUUGUGCCGAUUCCUUAAAGAAUAGAAAAUUACGAAAAAAUCGCCUUUGCCGUUCUAUGAGUUAUCCAUUUCAACGCGGAAAAGUGCCUCGUGUGUACAAGUUGAAUAUUCAUCGGAGCUACUCCAUGAUUUAUGGUAGUCAAGUGGAAAAUACAUUCAACUACAUCAGCAUCCGUCCUGUGAUUGCUCAUUUUUUACACGAAAGCGAGGAAUUAUCCGAUAGGAAUAAUUGGCUCACUCGACCUAUUUGGACUCAGUUGAAAGUAAAACCGUAUGGGACCGAUAGAAAAAAUAAAAAAACUUCCCAUUUAAUUAAUGUAAAAGAAAAAGGAAAAGUUGAAUUUUAUUCUUCUUCGCAAGCGUUCGAGCCAACGUUUACUGAUAAUUUUUUUCAUUCGGAUGACGUAGAAGAAAAAACAAGGAAAUUAAAUGAAAUCGAAAACGAUGCAUCCCUUCAUUUCUAUAUUCGAAAUAGAACGUUCGUAAUAAAAGAAUUAAUAAAAAAUGAAAGAGAUUUUGUUCAAAUUUUAACGGACAUCGCAGAAGGGUACAUUAACGAAUGCAAAAAAAGGACCGAUUUGUUUUCAAAGGAAAUGAUAAAUUCCAUAUUUGGUAACUUGGAAGAUUUGUUAAUAUUUCAAAAAAAAUUUAUGAUUAAUGUCGAAGAAAACGUGAAUCCGUUAUUUCCUCACAAGAGUUGUUUAGGCAAAAUUUUUCUGGACCACGAGAGAAAUUUUAAAAUGUAUGCCUUAUAUUGUGUUUCAUAUCCGACGGCUAUUAUUAUUCUGCAAUCCCUUUACUCAAGGGAUGUCUAUACCAAGUUUUUUGAAGCUUGCAGACUGAAACGUGGAUUAAAUAAUAUUUCACUUGAUGGGUACCUUUUGACACCGAUUCAAAGAAUAUGUAAAUAUCCAUUGCAGCUCGCGGAACUUUUAAAAUGGACAGAACCCAGUCAUCCAGAUCACAAUGUGGUAAAAGAAGCCUUGCAAGCCAUGAAAAAAGUUGCAACUUUAAUUGACGAUCAAAGAAAAACAAUGGAUGAUUUAGAGAAACUCGUCGUUUGGCAAAGUAAAAUUUUUGACUGGAAAGAAGAAGAAGAAGAUGUAAUAAUAAAAAGUUGUCAGAUGCUCUACCGGGGAGAAGGAACUCGAAUAAUAUCUAAAAAAAAAAACACAAACGUCACAAUGUUUUUGUUCGAUCACCAGUUAAUUUUUUGCAAGAAAAAAAAUUUUUUCAAUAAAAAUUAUUAUACGUACAAAGGUAGAAUAAAUUUGGAUUUUUCAAAAAUAAUAAAUUUACCCGAUGGUCCGAACCGAGAGGUAGAAAUGCUUAUUAAGAACGGAAUAAAAAUUUAUGUUGCCAAAGAAAAUAAAUGGGAAAUAAUAUGCUAUGAGUCUAAAGUUGAGAAAAACAAAUGGAUAAAGGCAUUUAUUGAUGAGAGAAAAAUUGUCGAGAAAAUGAAAAGAGAAGGUUUAGAAUUGCCGGUGUCAAUUAAAAAACUCGCAAAAGUCGCUGUAGAAACUAAAAACAUGUAUUUGAAAUCAAAAGUUUAA